AUGGAACAAAUCGGCGUGGCACUCCAAGAGACACUCCAACCAAACGCGGCGACCCGAAAACACGGAGAGGACUCUCUACGCACUUUACAAGCAAAUCCGGGUUAUGUGAUUCAAAUUCUGCAACUCGCCGUCAACGAGCAGCAAAAUGUGGCGCCCGAGAUUCGAAUGGCCGCCGCUGUGGCACUCAAAAAUUUUGUGAAGAGAAAUUGGGGCCAAGCACCAGAAGUGGAAAUGAGCCAAGAAGACGAGGAGCAAUUCCGUAAUAUGUUGCUCGACGCAAUGUUCAACACGACGAAAUCAAAUGUUCAAGAGAUUCUCUCAAAUGCGUUGUAUCUCAUCGCCCAACGUGAUUUUCCCGAGAAAUGGCCCGAAUUGGUGCCGUAUUUAUCGAAAUUUUUGACGGCCAACGAUUUGAAUCAUCUCGUCGCCUCGCUGGCUUCAAUGGAUCAAAUCUUCCGCAAAUUUCGAUACGAAUCAAAGAGCACCGAGUUGUGGAAAGAGCUAUCCAAGUGCUUGCAAAGUACGCAAGAACCGCUCACCCUUCUUCUCGCCAACAUGAUGGAAGUCGCCCAGCGAAAAGAUUCACUUGGAGCCGAGGAGACAGCCCAAUGGCUGAAAGUGUUGAAUUUGAUUGCGAAAGUGUAUCAUUCAUUGUGCUCACAGGAUAUUCCAGAGUAUUUUGAGGACCAUCUCAACGACUGGAUGCCUCACUUCUUACAACUCGUCCAAAUCUCCGCCCCCUCUCAAACCUCCGCAUCAGGCGAACCAACGACACUGGACGAGUUGAAACACGAGAUCUGUGAGAUCUUCACUCUCUACUCACAGCGAUACGAAGAGGAGAUCGCUCCGUAUGUGCCGGACAUCAUCUCAGCCGUCUGGCGUCUUCUGGAGACAACUGGUCCAGACACCCGCUACGACACUAUGGUCUGUGCGGCACUCGAGUUCUUGUCAAUGGUCUCACAGAGGCAAUAUUACGAGAGUCAUUUCACAGGGGACGGUGUGUUGAAGACGUUGGCGGAGAACGUGUGUGUCCAGAAUCUUCUGUUGAGACAACAGGAUAUGGAACUGUUUGAAGAUGAGCCAUUGGAUUAUAUGAAGAGAGAUAUCGAGGGGACAGAUGUUGGCACUAGAAGACGUGGAGCCAUCGAUUUGGCUCGAGGGCUCUGUCGCCGUUUUGAGGAUAAAAUGCUGCCAUGUCUCUCUGAAAUCGUCCAAACCCUUCUGGCUAGUGGGGAAUGGAUAAAAAUCGAUAUUGUAUACUCACUAGUGACAGCGAUUGCAGUAAAGACUGAAACUGCGAAGGCAGGUGUCACGGCGACAAAUCCACUUAUUGAUAUCAAUGACUUUUUUAUUGGACAAGUCGCCGGGCAUCUGAAUUCCGAUGUUAAUCAGACGCCGAUUCUGAAGGCUGACGCGCUGAAAUUCGCUGUGACAUUCCGGAAACAACUGGCUCCAGAGCAUUUGAUGACUGCAAUCAAGGCAUCUGAUGCUCUCCUGUCGUCGUCCACUCCGAUUCUUCAUAAAUACGCGGCGUAUGCUAUUGAACGAAUUCUGAUUGCUGAUAGUUCUAAGAUUUUCUCGGCGCACAAUCUCCCGGUGUCUUCAAUCCUUCAAAAUUUGGUCGCCGCUUUCGAUAAAGACCCGAAGGCGCAGAAUUCGCCGUAUUUGAUUAAGGCGAUUCUGAGGAUUAUUGUGAUUUUGGAUGAGGAAACGAUUCGACACGCUGAUGCGAUUGCGACGAAACUCGCGCAGCUGAUUGAGAGUGCGACGAAGAAUGCGGCGGAUUCGGUGCAUACGCACUUCUUGUUUGAGACUAUUUGUGUGUUGGUUACCAAGACUCGAACAAUCGGCGCCUCACUUGACGCUCAACUCCUGCCACUAAUCGAAGUGAUUUUCCGUGAAGACUUGGAAGAUCUCAUCCCAUACGCUCUCCAAAUCACAGGAGUCCUCGUCUCGUCAUGUAUCUCUCGUAACGCUUCAAUCGAUCAAUUCUCCGCAUUUCUUCCAUUCCUUCUUUCUGAAAGACUUUGGGCUCGAUCAGCGAAUGUUCCGGCUGCUCUUUCGGUGCUCGAAGUGCUCCUUUCAGUCAAUGCGAGAGGCGUUGUCGCCGAUAAUUCCGCGCUGAUUUUGAAUCAUUUAUCACGUCUUCUCGGCUCGAAGACGUUGGAUCAAUACGGAUUUCAGUUGGCAUCGGCGAUUCUUCCCUCUAUUGAACACUUUGAAGGGCAGGCGAUGACGUUCGUUUUGAAUACAAUGUUCCGACGAAUUCAGUCGUCGAAAACGCCGAAAUUCAUCAAAUUAUUCAUUGUGUUCUUGUGUCGAUUCACGAUUCUCAGAAGUGCUCAAGAUCUUGUGAGAAGUUGUGAGAAUAUUCAGACGGGAAUGUUUGGAAUGUUGAUUGAAAGGAUUCUGUGCAUUGAGAUGCCUGGGUUGAAACAGACGACGACGGCGCCCGAGAAGAGGAUUAUUGCCAUUGGAAUGGGCAAUUUGUUGGCUGAGGCUACGCAACAGCUUGUCGGUCAAUACGGAAUACUAUCCUACGAGACAGCGAUGCUUCUGGAGGCAGCGUCAGCCUCAGACCGUGCCGUUCUCUCACCAGAAGAGGAACAAGCGUCAAUGUACAACGCCGAAGGAGAGUUCGUCAAUCCGUUUUGUCGUUUAUCGUACGCUCCAAAGCAGCCAAUCAUCGCCGCCACCAUCACCAAUCACAAAGCGUACUUUGCGCAGGCCGUCUUGAUUCGUGGACCCGGAAACGUGCCGGAGACGUUGCGUGCCGUACCGCCCGAGAUUGUCACCUACCUUCAAUCGAUUCAUAAUACUGCCUAG